AAGUUAACACGUUCUCUUCAUCUGCCUACGGUUGCAGAUUUGUUUUAGUUUAUUGAAGGAGAGUAGAAGAAAACGAACUUGAAGCGUGAGAAAUGAAGAAAUCUGGAAUCCUUGCAGCCUCCAUCUCUGCAGUCGCUUCCGCCACGGCCAUCUCCGCCGCGUCUACCAACACCUCCCUAUCAUUCUCUUUGCCGGAAACCAAUCUUUCCCGCCAGGAUUCAAAAGGAAAACAGAGGAAGAAGAAAGGUUCGGAAGAUGAAGGAGAUGAAAAGUUUGCUCCAAGGUUUGAUGGGUUAAGAUUCAUCGAGACGCUUGUUACUGCUCAUCGAUAACCUUUUUGCAUUAUUCUCAUUUGGCAAAAGUUUGCUAUAGUUUUUCUCCAAUUGAUCAAACAACAACAAAAUUUACUGAUUUUAAUGUUUCUCCUUUUCAAAAAUUUCAUCUCACUAACUUUGGUUUAUGUGUAACACCUGAGGCAUAUUCCUAUUUGUUGUUCUUGCUAA